GAACACUCGAAGCAGUACCGCACACUGUCCUUCCAACCCGAGCACAGCAUGCAGCUCACACCGCUCGUCCUCGAGGUGUUUGGAGGACAGGUCACCUAGAGUUGUGACUGCGACAGGUUGAAGACCGUAACCUCGGCGACAGCUCUCAUGGCCAGUGAAGAAGUGAAGCAGAAGCUGCAGAGCUCCAUUUUAAGACGUCAGAGUUAUGAACAAGCCAAAACUCCCCGAUUAUAAAGUCUGUUGGCUUUUAUGUAGAGAGACGGAGCAAAGCUCUGAGCUGAACUCCCAGCAGGAGCAACCAAACACACCUCCAUCUCCACAACACACAGCCUCUGAAGGUGAUCUGAGACACAAAACCAGGAGCAGAUGGAGGAAUCCUGUGCGCAACUCAUUCCACAGCAGCAGUAACUCCACAUGUCAGUUCUCUCCACACUUGGAUCAGUCUGAUCACAUGUCACAGCUGUGGGACUGCAGCGUCCAGGUUCAGAUGGACACGGCCCCGAGGUGUAUAGGGCCGGUGGAGAUGUGGAUUCAGGCUCCUGUCAUUCCUCCACCCGAAAACAUGUCAAACAACUGGAUCUUACUGAAACAUGCGUAUGUGGCCACAGCUGUGUACAACAGCCCUCAACAGUCUGUCCUGCCGGGAGUGUCUGUCAGAAUGAGGCAGCACAGUCCAUUACAUCGUUGUCAGUCACAGCCUCUGAUUCUGCAUGAACGGCCAAUUAGAAAUUUUCAGAACCAUAGCUUUAAAAUACAGAAGAGAACCUCAAACACACACAAGAUCUCCUUUCUGUUUCUCUGUAAGACGAUUCCUUCCUUCCUUGUAACUUCUGGUGCCAACCAGCCCCAACAGCACCACCCACAGGUGGAGGAGAGGAUGGCGGUGCAGGAGAGGGGGAGAGUUAUGUUUGUGGUUGGAGAAGGCAGCAGCACAGGUUCCUCAGGGAAGUUCUAUGAAGAACAAAGUAGCGAUGAGUCGAGUUCAGACCACAAGCAGUGGCGGCGCAGACCUGCUCUCAGAAUGCACAACAGAUCACGUCGUUCCAGCUUCACCGAGCCUAACACUGCUGACUCUACUCCUGACCAGACCCACAGAACAGGACUGGUGUAUGAUCCAAAGAUAAUGACACAACAGUGUAUGUGUGGUGACGUCACAUGUGCUAUUAAACACCCACCGAGAAUCCCGCUGGUCUUUAACACACUGUUAGAAAGUGGAGUCAUUCGUCAGUGUGAGUGGAUCACAGGUCCGAAUGAAGCGCUCCAUACGGACGUCCUAAAGAUAUCUUUCCAGAACAGAAUUUUUGCGUGUUCUGGGGCGAAUCCUCCGAGUCCGCAGCACAUCUCAGCAUUGAGGGUGGCAGCAGGAAGUGUAAUGAACCUCAUGAUGCUCAUCACACAGGGGCAGCUGAGGAAUGGCUUUGCAAUAGUACAAACAGAUGGACAUGAUGUCUCACACUCAUCAUCACACUGUACAGCAGUGACUAACAUCAGUCCAGUAGCAAUAGCUGCAAAACUGCUCCAGGAAAAUGCUCAUAAAAAAAGGAUUCUCAUUCUUGACUGGGAUGUUCAUCACUGUAGUACAACUCAGGAAAUGUUCUACACAGACCCCAACAUUCUCCACAUCUCUCUGCAUCGCUAUGGCAACUCCCUGCCCAGUGCAGUGAGUGGACGUCCUGAUGCAGUGGGCUUGGAUGAUGGAGUAGGUUUUAAUGUCAAUGUACAAUGGUCAUGUGACCAUGACUCCCCUAUAGGAGACGCAGAGUAUUUGGCAGCCUUCAGGACGGUGAUCAGGCCCAUCGCACAGCAGUUCUGCCCUGAACUCAUCUUAAUCUCCACAGAGUUUAACUCCGUCACUGGACAUCCAAAGUCUCAGAGUGGACCGAGAGUAUCUGCUCAAUGUUUUGGGCUCCUCACUCAGAACCUGAUGGAUCUCUGUGGAGGUCGUGUCAUUGUGGUGUUAGAGCGAGGUCACGAUGUCACACCUGUGUGUGAAGCUUCUACUGCGUGUGUUAGCGCUCUGUUAGAGAACAAGGUUGUGGCUCUGUCGGAGGAUGUCCUAAUGAAGAAACCUUGUGCUGCAGCAGUUCAGUCUCUAUACAGAGUUCUAGAGAUCCACGGUCAGUACUGGUCAUCAGUGAGAGCUCUGAUACACACUGUUGGAGAGUCGUGGUUACAGACUGAGGGACAACAUUCAGUCCACACUGACACAGCCUCAGCCCUCGCCUUACUCAGUGUGACCCCCCCGAACUACACCAGCUCUAAGAGCUCCAGGUCGUGUUCUGGUGGAAACGAGCCGGUGGAGCACGACGAGGACGAGGACCUGUGAUCUGAUCAGUGAAGAAACCUGGAACUUUGUUCUCUUUAGUUCAGGAAAAAUAACUUUUAUGUCCUGCGGUGAGGAGACGGACGAGACGAGUUUUCUAUAACAUCGAGUCAGAGUGGAGUUUUAUUGCUGAAUUAACUUUCAUUUACAAAUAUACGAUUUUAUAUUUUAUUAACAGUAAGAUUUUUCACGGCAUUAGAAGAAACUCGGCUCUAUAAAAGAUGAUGAAGAAACAGACUUUUAUUGUUACUAUUUCAUUCAUUUAGUUUUGAAUAAAAUUGGUUUUAAGGAUUUAAAGAACGUUAAGGAUUUUUUAAAAAUUAUUUUAUCUGAAAUAAUAUUCAAGUUAUGAGUCAAAAAUAUUCGGUGAUUAAAUAUGUACAAUUUAUUUGACUAUUUUUUGAAAAAAAAUUAACAUCUAAAUUUGUUUUAUUAUUAUUUUAGUUUAGGAUUUUCUCCAUAAUAUAAUAUAAUAUAUAAAUCCACAUUCGGUAUCAUUUUAAUGCACUUAUAUUUUACCUGAUUAAAUAUUCACAUUUAAUUUAAUUUUAUUCAAACGAACGAUCCCCAAAUUUUAAUUCUUACAUUUUUUGUUUUAACAUAUGGUAGAAGUUUGUGGGACACAAAAAAACAGACAUUUUAUACCCACAUUUUAACAUUUUUUCACAGUUUGGUUGACGUGAUAAGAGUUAGUUUGAAUCGCAAUAAUUCAUUGUUUCUUAAAUUUGUAUAAAUCGAUAACUCCGCCCCCUAAACGUUAAAUUGUCUGAACGUUUUUAGUCGUUACAGAACUAUCAGGUUAAAAAAAUGUUUAAAAAAAAAAUUCCUGUUGAUUUGUACAGAAUUUAUUAAAGUUUAGCUUGUAA